AAGUUUAUCAGAGUGAGUUGUACCAGUGGUACUAGUGGUACCAAUGGUACUAGUGGUACCAGUGCUACCAGUGGUACUAGUGGUACUAGUGGUACCAGUGGUACUAGUGGUACCAGUGGUACUAGUGGUACUAGUGGUACCAGUGGUACUAGUGGUACCAGUGGUACUAGUUGUACUAGUGGUACCAGUGGUACCAGUGGUACCAGUGGUACUAGUGGUACUAGUGGUACCAGUGGUACUAGUUGUACUAGUGGUACCAGUGGUACCAGUGGUACUAGUGGUACUAGUGGUACCAGUGGUACUAGUUGAAUUAUAAUACCAAUAUGAUGAGUUAGUAUAUAUAUGUAAUAUAAUAUACGGUAGUUGCUGGGAAGCUGGAAGACGAACACUGACACAAGUGGAUGUGAACAUCAAGUCUCAGGAUCUGUUUAACAUUGUACAUUGUGGUCAGGAUCACUGUCAGGUGAGGAGGAGCUUUAUAGUAGUGCCUUUGUAGUGGUUGGCAGAUAGUGAACCUUUGGAAUCUUCAGGUAGACACUUCCAGAUUUUCGGGCCUUUUAUGCGCACUGAAUUUUUACAUAGGUUGAGCGGGGCACAGGGAAAACCAGAGAGACUUUUGUGUCUUGUGUCAUGUUUGCGAGCUGUCUUACAGCCAGCACAAGAAUCAUACUAGAUUGAUUUUUAUUUUUACGUCAAGUGGUUGAUCUUGUGUCCACCUUCCUGUACGACAAUAUCAGCUGGUUGGUCUUGUGUCCACCUUCCUGUACGACAAUAUCAGCUGGUUGGUCUUGUGUCCACCUUCCUGUACAACACCAGCUGGUUGAUCUUGCGUCCACCUUCCUGUAUGACAACACCAGCUGGUUGAUCUUGCGUCCACCUUCCCAACGUGACAACAACAAUCUCCAUUGGUGGCUGGUCUGAAUACUAAUAUCACCUAUAAGAUAUAUCUGAUUUCUUUUUAUCAUUUAAAAAUUCAAAAAUUCUACAAUGCGUGUAUUAUUUCUUUGUCUGUUGUUUUAUUUAUGGGGGAAAGGAGGAGCCUUCCUGGGUGAGGAGGGGCGGGGAUGGGCGAAGAGGCCGGGCGGGGUGGAGUCGUUACCAGAAGUCGUGCUGGCGGCGUGGCAACACAGGGACAACGAGAUGACACCAUCCACCACGACUGCUUCUCCGAGCAGUCAGACAACACCGUCCACCACGACUGCUCCUCCUCCGAGCAGCUAGAGGGACACUGAGCCCAGCUCAUUGCAGGUUAUAAGGCGAUGGUGGAAGAGGAGACGCAGAGGGUUGAAGAAGUGGGUGAGGUCCAGCAACAACAGUGAAAGUCAGGUCGCCAGGCAGAGCAAUGAGACCAGUACCUGGACGGACAUGAGGAACCUGUGGAAGGCGAAGAUGAGAAGGUUGAACAACCUUAUGAAGGGUCGAGGAACUCAUCAGGGUAAGGAGGAGAAGAAAGUUCCAGAGGUAGUGGAAACGAAAGUUCCAGAAGUAGUGGAAAAGAAUGUUCCAGGGGUUAAGAGGAAAGUUCCAGAGGUAGUAGAGAAGAAAGUUCCAGAGAUAGAGGAGAAGAUUCCUUGGUUAGAGAAGGUAGUUCCUCAGGUAGGGGAAAAGAAAGUUCCCCAGGUAGAGGAGAAGAAAGUUCCCCAGGUAGAGGAGAAGAAAGUUCCCCAGGUAGAGGAGAAGAAAGUUCCCCAGGUAGAGGAGAAGAAAGUUCCCCAGGUAGAGGAGAAGAAAACAGUUAAAGAGGAGAAGGAGAGGGGAAUUAAAGUUUCACGGUCAAAAAAGAAGAAAAAUAAGAAAAAGGUUCGAAAAAAGAAAGAAGUAAAAGUGGUUCCCCAGAUAGUUGAGAAGAAAGUUCCUGAAGGAGAGAAUAAAGUUUCUGAGAUAGAGGAGAAGAAAGUUCCUGAGGGAUAGGAGAAGAAAGUUCCUGAGGGAGAGGAGAAGAAAGUUCCUGAGGGAGAGGAGAAGAAAGUUCCUGAGGGAGAGGAGAAGAAAGUUCCUGAGGUAGAGGAGAAGAAAGUUCCUGAGGUAGAGGAGAAGAAAGUUCCUGAGGGAGAGGAGAAGAAAGUUCCUGAGGUAGAGGAGAAGAAAGUUCCUGAGGGAGACAAGAAAGUUCCUGAGGAAGACAAGAAAGUUCCUGAGGGAGACAAGAAAGUUCCUGAGGAAGACAAGAAAGUUCCUGAGGGAGACAAGAAAGUUCCUGAGGGAGACAAGAAAGUUCCUGAAGGAGACAAGAAAGUUCCUGAAGGAGAGAAGAAGAAAGCUUCCCAGGGAAAGAAGAAAACUCCCAAGGGAAAGAAGAAAGUUCCCAAAGGAGAGAAGAAGAAAGUUCCCGCCGGUGCCUGACGGAGGAGGAGGACCCAGGAGGCAACACCAACACAUCCUCCUCCACCAUCUCCUGACGGAGGAGGAGGAGGAGGACCCAGGAGGCAACACCAACACAUCCUCCUCCACCAUCUCCUGACGGAGGAGGAGGAGGAGGACCCAGGAGGCAACACCAGCACAUCCUCCUCCACCAUCUCCUGACGGAGGAGGAGGAGGAGGAGGAGGACCCAGGAGGCAAACACCAACACAUCCUCCUCCACAUCUCCUGACGGAGGAGGAGGAGGAGGAGGAGGACCCAGGAGGCAACACCAACACAUCCUCCUCCACCAUCUCCUGACGGAGGAGGAGGAGGAGGAGGAGGACCCAGGAGGCAACACCAACACAUCCUCCUCCACCAUCUCCUGACGGAGGAGGAGGAGGAGGACCCAGGAGGCAACACCAACACAUCCUCCUCCACCAUCUCCUGACGGAGGAGGAGGAGGAGGAGGAGGACCCAGGAGGCAACACCAACACAUCCUCCUCCACCAUCUCCUGACGGAGGAGGAGGAGGAGGAGAGGAGGACCCCAGGAGGCAACACCAACACAUCCUCCUCCACCAUCUCCUGACGGAGGAGGAGGAGGAGGAGGAGGACCCAGGAGGCAACACCAACACAUCCUCUCCACCAUCUCCUGACGGAGGAGGAGGAGGAGGAGGAGGACCCAGGAGGCAACACCAACACAUCCUCCUCCACCAUCUCCUGACGGAGGAGGAGGAGGAGGAGGAGGACCCAGGAGGCAACACCAACACAUCCUCCUCCACCAUCUCCCUUCUUCUUUCCAUUAU